AGCGGAGGCGCGCAGAGAUAGCACGUGCUAGUUUUUACCGGCUGGCGCGGUUUCAGGCCAAAGUUUGACGAAUACGUGCUUAAUCGUCUUUACGGAGUUGUGCACGAUACACUGUGUUUUUGUUUUGUUUAAUUACGCGGUACCUCUAACAGGCUCGUAUCUGCGCGUGGGGUUAUUUAACGGCGGAUGGAUCGCGGAAGCAGCGCCGGCGGUGACGGGACCGAAGAGCCAUGUGCUUCUUUGUUUACAAAAACAGGAGCUAUCGAGUGUCAUGACGUUAUUCGGUUUAUAACGUAUUGCGAUGCUAAAACAGAGAUGAGGAUAUGUUAACUCUACUCGGGUCGAGGAGUCGUGAUCCGCUUCGUAAACACAACCGUGCAUCGAUGUUGUUUUGCUCGACACGGGGCAGUCUGGAGGAGUCGUUCGCGUCAUACUUAUUAAACACCUGCUGGUAAAUAUCUAAAGCUCGCGCGUCGUUAUCUCAAAUGGCCAUAAUAUCCAAACAUGAUUCAGUUCGAUUACUGCGUAACGCGAAAGCUCAAGCACGCGCAUUUUCGGCCGUUUGUUUGUUUUGUUUACGCGCUUUCCUCCGCGCGGGGGAGGGGCCGCUCACAUGACUGCUGUUUUUGUCAGUGGGCGCGCGCUUUGUAUAGAUGCACCUGCGCGAGCUAUGUGAACUUUUAGUUGCCGCUGUCUUCCAGUUAAACAAACACUCAGCUUUGUCACUUUCUAAUAAUGAUUUGUUCUUUUGGGUUUCAGAGAAAUGUAGGCGCUUUCUGCAGGAGUUCUACAGUGAGGAUGACUCUGGAAAGAAAGUCUUCAAAUACGGCGCCCAACUGGUCUCUCUGGCUCACCGUGAGCAGGUGGCACUGGUGGUGGAUCUGGACGAUGUGGCUGAAGAAGACCCUGAGCUGGUGGAGAGCGUGUGUGAAAACGCCAAACGCUACACCGCACUGUUUGCUGAUGCUGUUCAUGAGCUGCUACCUGAAUACAGAGAACGAGAGGUUGUGGCAAAGGAUGCGCUGGAUGUUUAUAUUGAGCACAGGCUGAUGAUGGAGACCAGAGGUCGUGACCCUGCAGAUACCCGUGACUCCAGGAAUCAGUACCCAUCUGAACUCAUGCGCAGAUUCGAGGUGUAUUUCCGACCUCCAUCCACACUGAAGGCAAAGGUGGUUCGUGAUGUGAAGGCUGACAGCAUCGGUCAGCUGGUAAACGUCAGAGGUAUCGUAACCCGAGCAACGGAGGUGAAACCAAUGAUGGCUGUCGCCACAUACACAUGUGACCAGUGCGGCGCCGAGACGUAUCAGCCGAUCGCCUCUCCGAGCUUCACCCCGCUGAUCAUGUGCCCCAGUCAGGAAUGUGUCACCAACAAAUCUGGAGGGCGACUGUAUAUACAGACAAGAGGGUCAAAGUUUGUCAAAUUCCAGGAGCUGCGCAUUCAGGAACAUAGCGAUCAGGUGCCCGUAGGAAACAUUCCUCGCAGUAUGACCAUUUAUGCGCGUGGAGAGAACACACGCGUGACGCAGCCUGGAGAUCACGUGGCCAUUUCUGGAAUAUUUCUUCCUUUGUUGCGCUCUGGGUUCAGACAGGCUGUGCAGGGUUUGCUCUCAGAGACGUAUCUGGAGUGUCAUUGCAUCACUCUGAUGAAUAAAACUGAGGAUGAUGAGUUGGGUACAGAAGAGCUUGGUGAUGAAGAGCUGAGACAAAUUACAGAGGAGGAUUUCUAUGAGAAGCUGGCAGGAUCAAUCGCCCCAGAGAUAUACGGUCAUGAGGAUGUGAAGAAGGCUCUUCUUCUUUUGCUGGUGGGUGGAGUUGAACAGGCACCCCGUGGCAUGAAGAUCAGAGGGAACAUUAACAUCUGUCUAAUGGGAGAUCCGGGUGUUGCCAAGUCUCAGCUGCUGUCGUAUAUCGACCGUCUUGCCCCACGCAGUCAGUACACAACUGGACGAGGUUCGUCUGGUGUAGGUUUGACGGCAGCUGUGAUGCGUGACCCGGUCACAGGAGAGAUGACCCUGGAGGGUGGGGCGUUAGUGCUGGCUGACCUGGGCGUGUGCUGCAUCGAUGAGUUUGAUAAGAUGGCGGACGCAGACCGUACGGCCAUUCAUGAGGUUAUGGAGCAACAAACCAUUUCUAUCGCCAAGGCGGGCAUCAUGACAUCUUUAAAUGCACGUUGCUCGAUCUUGGCAGCUGCAAACCCCGCGUAUGGCCGCUAUAAUCCUCGCAAGACGAUCGAGCAGAACAUUCAGCUGCCUGCAGCGUUGCUGUCUCGUUUUGACUUGCUGUGGCUCAUCCAAGACAAACCAGAUGCUGACAACGACCUGCGACUGGCCCAACACAUUACAUACGUCCACCAGCACUGCAAACAGCCACCUACACACUUCACUCCAAUUGACAUGAAACUUAUGAGGCGUUACAUCAAUAAGUGCAAACAGAAGCAGCCAGUGGUUCCUGAGGCUCUGUCUGAUUACAUCACAGCGGCGUACGUGGAGAUGAGGAAAGAGGCGCGAGUUAGCAAAGACACAACAUUUACCUCUGCCCGAACACUGCUGUCCAUUCUGCGACUCUCCACUGCCCUGGCUCGUUUGCGGAUGGUUGAUGUUGUAGAGAAGGAGGAUGUUAAUGAAGCCAUGAGACUUAUGGAGAUGAGCAAAGACUCCCUGCAAGCCGACAAGACCAACAACACAAGGGCACAGCGGCCUGCAGAUGUCAUCUUCUCUCUGUUGCGUGAGUUGGCUGGUGAUGGUUCUGUUAAGUCCGUUCACAUGACGGAGGCGGAGCAACGCUGCGUGUCUCGUGGUUUCACGCCUGCGCAGUUCCAGGCCGCUCUUGAUGAAUACGAGGAGCUGAACGUGUGGCAGAUUAACCAGGCGCGCACACGCGUCACAUUUGUUUGAACUUGAACCAUCCUGCUUGUUCGGUGAUCACCAGCUUCUGCAUCAAAGUGACAAUGUUAAAUUCAUGAUAUUUCUCUCAUGUUUGGGGUUUCUUGCUUUUAAUUUCGGAAAUAAAUGUUGUAAAUAGUUUA